UUGUCUUGGCAGUGGCGAGCAGCGCGUGUGACCCGCGGUGUGUGCGUUGUCUCGCAGGCCAGGACAGAUCACGCUCCCCACCACCACUUCCCUCCCGGCUAUGAAGCCGCGACCCUUCCUGGGAGCCAAACAGCGGGCUUACGCCGGAGCCUCUAGGACCCGGCGGAGGCCGGCCGCUGUCCCCGGGCCGCGCGAGUGAGCAUGUGCAGACCAGGCGCCCGUUCGCCCGCUCCGCGCCCGCCGCCCGCUCCACUCCGCGCCCGCGGCUCAGGUCGGCGCCCGCCGUCUCCGCCACUGCUCAGCGCGGAAGUCCGCAGCCGGGGGGAACUGAGCGGCGUGGGCCUGGGCGCGUUGGUGUCAUCGCCACGGGCGCCGGGGGCGUGCGGGCGUCUGGGCUCCGGGCACUGCGGGGCUGCGGGCUCGGCGCCCGGAGAAGGCGGGCGCCCCAGCCGGCCACGAUUGCGGGGUGGAGAUAUUCGCCAGAAGCUGCUCCCCCUCUCUCGUUCCGUUCCCAAGCCAGGCUUCCGGUCAGCGCAGGGUUUUCUUCAGUCUCUUGGUGAACUUGAACACCGGCAGAGACAAAACCGAAACGUUCCUGAGACUGACACGGGCCAGGAGAGCUGAGGGAUGAGGGAGAUGGUGACCCUUGAGCAGAAGCUACCAACAUGGGGCUUGUGGCUGCUGGAGAAAAGUGAUGGUGACAUCUGAAACCCACAGGGACAGCAGCGCAAAAGUGAGCUGACAGGUUCAAGAGCCAGGAUGCUGGGAUGACACCUCUGGAGGCCCUGGCGUCCCUCCUGCCCAGGUGCUAGGAGCCGUCCCCAGGCUCCAGCCGGGAGCCCUGCUGCCCAGGGGCAUGGCCAAACCUUUCUUCAGACUCCAGAAGUUUCUCCGCAGAACACAGUUCCUGCUACUCUUCCUCACAGCCGCCUACCUGAUGACCGGCAGCCUGCUGCUCCUGCAGAGGGCCAGAGUGGCCCUCCCACAGGCCCUUCGGCCUCCUAGCAGCCUACAGGCCUUGCCAGUGGCCACUGUGGCACUGGGGGUGGGCCUUCUGGAUGGCAGAAGCCUUCAUGACCCCCACAGUAGCCCUGACCUAAUACUUGAUGUGGACACACUAAGGAGUCCUCUGGCCCGACUGCCACCUGGAAUCCGCUGGCCCCGGAGGAACCGCAGCUCACUGAGGCGGCGCUGGCUCCACCAUCUCACCAGUGACCCCCAGGGGCCACCCACCCUGGGCCCUGAGGCCCCUGGACCAGCAAGCCGCAGCCAAGGCACUUACCUGGGAUGCUUCAGUGAGGAGGGCCAGGAGAGAACUCUGAAGGGGGCAGUGUUUUAUGACUUGAGAAAGAUGACCGUGUCCCACUGCCAGGAUGCCUGUGCUGAGCGGUCCUAUGUCUAUGCCGGCUUGGAGGCUGGUGCAGAGUGCUACUGUGGGAACCGGCUCCCAGUCACACGUGUCAGCCUGAAGGAGUGUAACCAGGAGUGCAAGGGGGAGAAGGGGACCGUUUGCGGGGCUGUUCGUCGGCUCUCCGUGUACAGCGUGGGACUGCAGCAGCCGGGCUCCAGGAAGCGGUGGACUGCCACCUUCCGAGGGUGCUUCCCACUGCCAGAGAACGUCACCCACACCUUCUCCUCCUCCCUGACACAGGCCAACGUGACUGUGGAGACAUGCUCUGAAUUUUGUUCCCAGAAAGAGUUUCCUCUGGCCAUCCUCCGGGGCUGGGACUGCUACUGUGCCUACCCUACCCCCAAGUUCAGCCUGCGGGAUGCUGUGGAUGGAGCAUUGUGCACCCAGGCCCCUGAGGCUCAGGGGCUACCUGGCUACUGUGAGGUCUACCAGACACCUGUACAAGACACCCGGUGCACAGACAGGAGGUUCCUGCCCAACAAGUCUAAGGUGUUUGUGGCUCUGUCGAGCUUCCCGGGAGCUGGGAACACAUGGGCGAGGCACCUGAUCGAACACGCCACUGGCUUCUACACAGGAAGCUACUACUUCGAUGGAACCCUAUACAACAAGGGGUUCAAGGGUGAGAAGGACCAUUGGCGGAGCCGACGCACCAUCUGUGUGAAGACACAUGAGAGCGGCCAGAGGGAGAUCGAGAUGUUCGACUCCGCCAUCCUGCUGAUCCGGAACCCCUACAGAUCUCUCGUUGCCGAGUUCAACAGGAAGUGUGCUGGACAUCUGGGAUAUGCCCCUGACCGCAACUGGAAGAGCAAAGAAUGGCCGGACUUCGUGAACAGCUAUGCCUCCUGGUGGUCCUCACACGUCCUAGAUUGGCUCAAGUACGGGAAGCGGCUGCUGGUUGUGCACUACGAGGAGCUGCGACGCAGCCUGGUGCCCACGCUGCGGGAGAUGGUGGCCUUCCUCAACGUCUCUGUGAGCGAGGAGCGGCUUCUCUGUGUGGAGAACAACAAAGAGGGUAGCUUCAGGCGGCGUGGCCGGCGCCCUCACGACCCAGAGCCCUUCACCCCGGAGAUGAAGGACUUGAUCAAUGGCUACAUCCGGACAGUGGACCAAGCCUUGCGUGACCACAACUGGGCGGGGCUGCCCAGGGAGUAUGUGCCCAGAUGAUAGGCCCACCCUGGCUACCUGCUCCUGCUGAGAUGCAGUUACACUAACGGGCUGAACACUGCUCUUAGGGCACUGAUCUGUGGACCCCUGGGAUGCAUGGCUGCCGGCACACCGUCAGCAAGGUGUUCUUGUGGAUGCUGCUUCAUGUGCGGGGGGCUCUUGAGCAGCACAAAGCCUACCCAGACAGAUGCACAUCACAGAACACCCCUUGCCAGACACUUACACAUCCUCAGACACACCUAAACAUCAUCCAACAUUCACAGUGCCCAUUUUAAUGUGCCUAAGCCACUUGAGUAGGGUGGGCCAGACACUCCCAGCUUUGCACACACAGCCAGAUAUGGACACAUACACACAGGUGCCAGGGUGUAUGCUUACAGAGACUGGAUAUCUGCCUCAUACAUACACAUGUGCACACACUUAAGGCUCUGGGAGGCCCUGGACUUCCAAGGUCCAGCUAGGCAUAAACUGGCUUUUGGGGGUCCUUGGCUCUGGAAUACUGGACUGGACUGGCAGUAUUGCUCUGAGCCGUACAGUGGGGACUGGGGGAGAUGGAGGUGCACAGACAGACUGUUGCUGAUGGGUACUGUGUGACCUUGGCUGCGUGUCUGACAUCCCAUAAACUUGUGUGCUGUGACAUCCUGGCACUGCAAA